UCACGGGUGUGUGUGCUCAGUCAUAUCCGACCCUUUCCAACCCCACGGACUGUAGCCCGCCAGGCUCUUCUGUCCAUGGGAUUCUCCAGGCAAGAAUACUGGAGUGGGCUGCCAUGCCCUUCUCCAGGGGAUCUUCCUGACCCAGGUAUCUGACCCACGUCUCCUGAUUUGGGUGGCCAGACAUAAUCAAAGCAAGAGGCCCAGGGAGCCUACCCAAGUCUCAAUCUCUCAGGGCGUGCAGAGGCGAAGCUCAUAAAAUGGCUCUGGACGUCCUCGCCGUGUCCCCCCUCUACCAAGGUCCUGACAUCAACAAAAUAAGGCUGAUAGCCCAGACAACCAAAAAAUCCACCACCCCACCUAAAGCCCUGACCCCCGCCAAGACCAAACUCACCACCAUCGAGACCAAGAGGAUCAUGUCCGUCCUGGACGAGACCAUCCACAAGGUGGAGCUGGUGAGCCUGCUGUCCCACGCGGCUUCCGAGCCCAAGACUUCGGAGGGGAUGCUGGGGCCGGACGUCACCAAGGCUGUGAGGGAACACGAGGACCUCUGCCAGGUCCUCCUGGACCGAGUCAGUUACCUGCAGGAGGAAAAAAGGAAACUGCAGGAGGCAGAAGAGUUCGAGGACGAAGCGUGGUUCCGAGAGCGCCUCUUCGCCAUGGACGAGCAGAAAUCCCAGCUCCCGCAGCUGAUGCAGGAGAUCAAAGAAUCCACCAAGAACGUCGUGAGACUCCUGCUCAGUAACCCCCAGGCCGCCAGCCUGUUGCAAGCGCAGACCCUGGGCAGGAGUGAGGAAGCCCAGUGUUUUAUCAAUAGCCUGGUAGAACUCCGAGGUUUCCUAUUUGAGAAGUUACUCACCAGUCCCAUGGAAGCCAGAGACAAGAUCCAGUUCAUCCAGGACAUCACCCGACGGAAUCGGAGGCACCAAGAGAUCAUCGACACCCUGGAAAAUGAACUGGCUGCCUGUGUGAGGAACAGGAAUGCGGAGGUGGAGAAGGAGAACUUUGUGAUCCAAGAGCUGAAAAACCACCUGCACCAGGUGCUCAAGUUCUCGGAGAACAGCCUCCAGCGCACCAAGCAGGAGGCGGAGAAGCAGCAGAAGGCGGACUUCCGGGCCUCGCAGGCCAGGGUGGCCAAGAUCCAGCAGGAGAUCCUGGUGCUGCAGUCGCAGUUCCACAACCUGGUCACGGAGAACCGGGAGGCGGAGCAGGCGCUGAGGAAGAAAAAAUAUAAAGUGGAAACAGAAAUUGAGAACUGGAUCCAGAAAUAUGAUUCAGAGAUGAGUGAAAAGCAGGACGAGUAUGAGGAGCUGGACGUCAUCCACAAAGAGGAGCAGCUCCAGCUGGAGGAGCUGAAGAAACGGUACGACGUGCUGGUGGAAGAGUUCUCCCAGAUCCAGGCCGAGCGCGAGAUCUUGACCAAGAAGAGGCUGGAGGAGGAGCAGGAGAUGGUGCGCAUGGUGCGGGCCGCCACGCUCAUCCAGGCCCUGUGGAAGGGCUACCUGGUCCGCUCCAUGCUCAAGUCCAAGAGGAAGAAGCGGGGCAAGGGCAAAGGCGAGAAGAAGGGCAAGGGCAAAGGAAAGGGCAAGAAGUAAGUCCUUCCUCCGCCCUCGCCAUAAUCUAACCUCUCACUCGAGAGCUGGCCUGGGAAGCCCCUGCGAUGGGGAGCCCCGUCGUUUAUGACUUUCACGCCUUUUCAAAAUUAAAAACCAUUGUCAAACA